GAAAGUUAAGACAAACCUCAGUGUGACUGGUAGGAGACAACCCAGGAGGACUGUGUGAAGCAGGAAGGAGGAAACCUCCCUGAGCUCCAGCUGCUUCAAUCUCUCAUUAAGUGGCUGAGGAAGCCUGGCACCUUCUGGAGAUUUGUGGCACUGAAAGGGUUCAGUCCUGAAAAAUGACCCAAUCGGUGCAAGUUAAUCCAAAGGUGCCUGGCUCUGCAUUCAUCUACUCCGGUCAGGAAGAGGCUGACCAGUCGGGCUCUUACUCGGUCCAGACUCCUUAUGGCUUCCAGCUCGACCUGGACUUCCUUAAAUAUGUGGAAGAGAUCGAGAGCGGCCACAACGUCCGCCGGGCUCCCCUCAGCUCCCGGCGUCCUGGACGCGGACUCAAGCUUUCCCAGAGGAGUCCAAGCGUUGGGGGACGCACCAGUGGGUGGACAUCCACAGAGUCUCUCUCCUCCCCAGUCAGCGAAGACGGGAGGGUUCCUCCUCCCCCGCCGCCGCGCCUUCGCCUGGGAUCAGCACCCUGCGAAGUUCUCUCCAUUUCCCCCAUUACUCUCCUCAACGUGCCUCCGCUUUCUGCUGGGGCCAAAGUGCCGCCGCCUCCGCCACAGAGAAACCCAAGAGUCGAGCGGACUCUCCUGGAAACCAGCCGGCGGCUUCAGCAGGAGCAAACCCACCAGCACCAGAAUGGCGGUGGGCGCCUCCAGCUCGCAGAUCCUCCCAAGCAGCUCACGCCCUCCCUAUCUAUACCGCCGCUGCAGAACAGCUGGACCAAACCCAGUCCUCAGACCUCUGGGCGAAGCACUCCAGCUGCUGGCACCACGGUGACCCCGAUCCCACCCAGCCAGCUGCAGACCGUCAGAGAGCAGAUGGCCACUGCCUUGAAGCAGCUGAAGGAGAUGGAGGAAAGAGUGAAGGGUCUUCCUGCUCUGGAGAAAGAGCUGGCCAAGCUGCGUGCAGAAAAGGACAUGCUGCUGUUGGCCUUGGAGGAGAAGAAAGCAGCCAUGGAGGUUUCCCUUCAGAAGCAACAGUCUAAAGAGUCUUCCACACAAACCACGGAGAUCCUCCAAUCUGACUACAGCCGAGUGACUUCACCAACCUCAACUGGUCAUAAGGGUCUUGUAAAAUCUGGGGAGCUGAAAAGACUGGCUGAGAAGUUUGAGGGGAAGGAGCUGAAGUCUCCCCCUCCACCGUUAUCGAAAGUUUUACCGCACCUGGCAGAAAAAGAAAAGAAAUCUGUUGCUGUUGGGGAUGACGUGCCAAUGACCUCUGUAGUUUUCUAUCACAGUAAUGGUGUGAAAGAUGCAUCUGUGUGCAUGCAGGUGAAAGUAAGUGACAAAACCACAGAAACAGAAGCUGCUGUGGUUCAUGAGCAGGCAAUACAAGUCAGAGCAGGGACAAAGGAGGCUGAAGUCUGGGUUAUGGAGUCUCUGCUGGGGCUGACUACAGAGGCACAGAGGGAGAUAGACACCUUACAGGACACUAUAAAGUUCCAGCAGGAGUCCAUAGUGGCUUUAGAAAGCCGCCUUACUGUAGCUGACAAAGACCUUGAUAAACUGAGAGCUCAGGUUGAUGAAAGAACCUCUAAAGUCACGGCUGAGAAGGGAGAGCUAGCAAAACCCGACAUGAGAAACACCCAGGUAGAGACUAUAGCUCCCUUAUUAAAGCAUACCGCCACGAUGUGCCAUCCGGAGGUGACACAUGUUUGUGUUGGCGAAGACUUAGGUGCAGAUCAAACCGAGCAGGGAACACAAACUGAUGCAACACCAGAGCCAGAACCAGAACCAGAACCAGCACCUGUGGAGCGGUUCAGCGUCGGGUGUCAGUGGGAGAACUUGAGUGGUGAAAAUCCUGAGGAGGAGAAAGUUGGAGUGCCAAAAAAGAGACAGCUGACAUUUGCAGAAUACAAGGUUUCACCAGAGGAAGAGAUGGUUGUUGCAGAGGAGGAAAAAACAGGAGAGCAAGAGGAGGAGACCAGAACCAGCGACACAAAAACAGGUUUGCUGAAAUCAAUCAUGAAGAGGAAGGAUGGUUGUAACUCGAGUGAGAAUCGUAAGAAGAGUCUGCAGUUUGUUGGGAUUCUCAACGGAGGGUAUGAAUCCACCUCCAGCGAGGAGGAAGAAGAGGAAGAAGAAGAGGAAGAGGAGGAAGUUGGGAGUUCCUCUGGAGAAAGUGGAGAAGGCGAGUGCUUGGAUAGCACUGAGGAAGAUGAGGCAGCACUGGAGGAAGAAACCUCCGAGGAGGAGAGAAACGUCAACCUGGAUGAAAGCGACACGGAUGAGGAAACGCUGAGAGCUCCAAAUUAUUCAUCAGACGCUGUGAAAGAAAAAUUUGAGUUCAGCUCAAAAAUGCGUGAAGCCUGUCUCAUUCUGAAGAACCACCUGAACGAUGACGUGAAAACACUGAAGAGUAAGGAAGUGCUGUCCAGUACCCACACCGUCCAGCUCGAGUGGUUCCGGGUGUCCAGUGCGAAGAUGGCUCAGCCCUCGCGGGUCUCCAACUACCUCAUGGCUUUCUCCGAGGUGUCGUCAGCGCUGCUGGAGCACGUCGUCAACAUGACCGACGGCAACGGGAACACAGCUCUGCACUACAGCGUGUCCCACUCCAACUUUGGGGUGGUCCGACUGCUGCUGGACACAGGCGUGUGCUGCGUGGAUAAGCAGAACAAGGCGGGCUACACGGCCAUCAUGCUGGCGGCGCUCUCUACCGUAAAGGAAGAGGAAGACAUGGUUGUGGUGAAGAAGCUCUUCGGUCAGGGAAACGUCAACGCCAAGGCCAGCCAGGCAGGCCAGACGGCGCUGAUGUUGGCGGUGAGCCACGGACGGCAGGAGAUGGUGCAGGCCCUGCUCGAGUGUGGAGCUGACGUAAACGUCCAGGACGAUGAGGGAUCCACGGCUCUGAUGUGUGCCAGCGAACACGGCCGCGCCGAGAUCGUCAAGCUGCUCCUGGAACAGCCUGGCUGCGACAUAUCCAUCGUGGACAAUGACGGCAGUAACGCUCUGUCCAUCGCGCUGGAGGCGGCACACAAUGACACCGCUGUGCUGCUUUAUGCCCAUAUGAACUAUGCAAAGUCCCAGACUACUCUGGGAAGUCCAAAGGCUCAACCAAGGAGCCCCACAAACCCCCACAAGUCCUGGCCUGCAGACUGACAGCAUCUCUGCGGUUUAUCGAACCCGACAGACCAGAACAUUUAACUGGAUCUGAGCUGUGAAAAGCUCCACUGGAAUUUACCUUAAACACAUUUAUUUAAAUGCAUAUGUACUGCUAUACGUUCUGCAUUUAUAAGUAUUGUUGAUAUGAGAAUAGUAUUUUUCCAAGAAAGUUGCGGAUGGUUAUAUUAUGUACUUACCCAUUCUUUGCUGUAUUACAGUUAUUCUUUUUUUCUGUAAUGGGAAAUAAAACAUUACAAUAUUUGCACAUUACUAACAUUUUACUAUUUAGAGCAGCACACUCACAAUAGGCUAAAUGAUGAGCAUAUAAAAAGUGUUCAUCCAUUGUUUUACAUUAAAUCUGUCACUGAUUUACAGAUGCAGCUACGAUUUUAAACAAAUCAAACCAUCCUGAUGUGUGCUGCUCCACUCCUG